AGCGCCUGUUUGUUUGUGUUGAGAGCAGAUUUGGAAAAUGGCGGAGAAGAGCAGCAGAGACCAAAGCAGCGAUAACAACUACUGGGGUUUAAUAAACGCGAGUGCGGCGCCGUCAUUGCAACGCAGAUAAUAUACCACACACACAAGUAAAUACUCUGGAGUUACUCACGGUUUACCUGCACCAGAUGGGAUACAAGCACGGACGCAGAGAAAAAGGGGAUUCUAGCUAGCUAAGCUAAGCUAAGCUAAGCUAACGGUUGCUAGCAGCCGUUGCUCCCAGUGUGUGUGUGUGUGUGAUUUUAACUACGCAGGCUUGUUUGUCAACACAAGCUGACGUUCGCGAGCCAGCUUAACUUGUCUGGUUUCCAAAGCUAACCUAGUUGUGGUGGGUUGGGUUUGACAACAUGAUGGCCACAACUCACCGCAAGAUUAUUAAUCCAAAGUAACAUUAAAAAAAAAGUCAACAUCUGAAGUUAAGCUUUAAAGUUGCAUGGGAAUUAAAUCAUCCAACGUGACAGCUUACAGCAGGAUACCCUUUUGCAGGAUCUUUUAUUUACAAGUCGUCAACAAGAGUCAGAGGCCAGCAGGCUUCUCCCUGCACCUGGGAUGGUGCCAUGUGACAGAGCGGCCGUGGAGCCAUAACCCCACCACCACCACUGCUCCAUCAUCUCGUCUCCAAGCUGUUAACCCACCACUGAUCCCAACAUCCCCUCCCAGUCUCCCCUUCCUCCCUUUAUCUCUGCUCUGAGCCCUGGACAAGGCCGACCACAGCCAACCACAUGACUCACCCACUGGAGCCCUAGAUCAAGCAUGAGAGAAACACAAAGUUUUCUUCAAGAAUUCAAGGUAGCACGUGGUCAGUUAAAGCUGAAAAUGAGUGCAGUAGGGGAAAACCCCCUGGACCCUGCCACGCCAGAGUCACGCAAGAGGAAGGGCUCACCAUGCGACACAUCAGGGCAAAGCGUGGAGAAGCGGAGACGGGAGCUGGAGUGCCGCUACAUCGAGGAGCUGGCUGAGCUGCUUUCAUCCAACAUGAGCGACAUCGCCGGUCUCAGUGUCAAGCCCGACAAGUGCCACAUUCUCAAGAGCACCGUGGACCAAAUCCAGCAGAUGAAACGGCGUGAGCAAGAGAAAGCAGCUCUUCUGUCUCCAGAUGAUGAGGUGCAGAAGAGUGACAUCUCUUCCAGUAGCCAGGGGCUGGUAGAGAAAGAGGCCCUGGGGCCCAUGCUGCUAGAGGCCCUUGAUGGGUUUUUCUUCGUCGUCAACCGGGAGGGCCGCAUAGUCUUCGUUUCAGAGAACGUGACGAGUUACCUCGGAUACGCCCAGGGGGAGCUGAUGACCUCGAGCGUCUACAGCAUGCUCCACGUGGGAGACCACAAUGAAUUUGUUCGCAAUCUGCUGCCCAAAAGCCUUGUGAACGGUGUGCCGUGGCCGCAGGAAUCCGGCCGAAGGAACAGCCACACCUUUAACUGUCGCAUGCUGAAGAGGCCGCCGGACGAGUUGGACUCAGAAAAUCCGGAGGCUCGGCAGCAAUAUGAGAUCAUGCAGUGUUUCACCGUGUCCCAACCACGGACCAUACAGGAGGAGGGAGAGGACCUGCAGAGCUGCCUGAUCUGUAUUGCCUGUCGGAUACCUCGCGCCCAGCCGUUCAGCACUGAGUCUUUCAUCACGAAGCAGGAUCCCACAGGGAAGAUCAUCUCCAUAGAAACGAGUGCUUUGCGAGCGACAGGCCGGCCUGGCUGGGAGGACCUAGUCAGGAAGUGCAUCUACGCUUUCUUUCAGCCGCAGGGCAAAGAGUCCUCCCACGCCAAGAAGCUGCUGCAUGAGGUGAUGACCCAUGGCACCGCUAUCAGCCCGUUGUACCAUUUCACGUUAAGUGAUGGCACCCCGCUCAGCGCUCAGACCCGCUGCAAGUUCUGCUGCCCCCCCAACCCUGACGUUCAGCCCUUCAUCAUGGGCAUUCACACUAUUGACAGGGAACACAACACUGCUAGCUCUCAGGAAAACACUAACCCCAGCCUUCCACUGACCCUCGGCAGCCUCGCCACAACUCCCUCCCGCUCCCCUUCCCUUCCUCCCGGCAGCAACUGGACCCAAGGCUCAGGCAUCGCCGCCUCGGGCCUUCACCCCAACAACACCAACACCUCCCCACACGUACACAACCCAGCCACACCCGCAGGCUACCUGACGCCCAAUCGGACCUGUCCCCAGCAGGUCAACAGCCCCUCUCCUUUGAGCAGCCCACUCACAGCCACCCCUACCUCUUUUAUGUCACCCAGGAUGCAACGGACCAGUCCUGGGUUAGGGGGAAGCCCCCGGGUACCGGGGAACCCCUUCUCUCCUUCCACACCAGGCCUCCACUCCCCAGCCGGGGAGCUAAGUAGUGGAGGCAGCCUCAACAGGCAGCAAUCUGGCGGUGACGGGAGUAGCGGCGCCAGCGGUGGGUCAACGGGGUCCUUCUCCCUGUCCUCCCCUGUCCUUCAGAGACAAGCCAGUACACCCACCGGCCCCUCUACUCGGUCUCAAUCUGCAAAACCGCCAGAGGCAGGAGAAGGAGGGGGAGAGGACUCUGUUAAAGCCCCCCUUCCUUUUGCCUCACAGCUGGGUAACCCCAGACUCAAUCAGCUCCUGGAUAGCAAUGGGACAGGAGCUGAAUCUAACAACAACAGACUCCACUGCACCUCAUCACCUCAUCCUCCUAACCCUCAUCCCGCCCCUCAGUGCCCUGCCUCUCACAGUACUCUAACAGAGCGGCACAAGAUCCUGCACCGGCUGCUCCAGGACACUAGUCCCAACGAUGCCUCCACCACCAGCGAGGAAGGACUAAACAAAAACGAUGUUGAUAUCAAGAGGGAGCCGCCUGCCAGUCCGGCUCUGACCGCAGGGCCUCCCAAGUCCAGCUCCAGAGAGCCACAGGACCAUCAACUACUCCGAUUCCUCCUGGACACAGACGAAAAGGACUUGGGAGACCUGCCACCUCCAUCUGCUCUCAGCCUGCAGACGGUCAGGGUGAAGGUGGAGAAGAGAGCCAGCGUGGACGGAGUGACCUGUACGGGCUCGACUGUUGCGGCAGGAGGUGCAUCCAAACCUGCAGGACUUUGCGGCAGCUCAGCUUGCAUCAGCCCCAGAUCGAGCCCCGUCGGAGAGAACCGCCGAGACGGCCGCAGGGACAGCAGAGACUCCACGAUGUCUGGUGGCCCUGUUGACAUGGACCCUCUCACCCAGCUGCUGCCUGGCCUGAGAGGCCCGAGUGGGGCCAAACAGGGCAGUGAGGAUUCAACAACCCCUGGAGGAGGCCCUCAACUCCACUCUCCAGCCUCUCAGCUCCAGUCCCCCUUACCUCAGCUCCAGUCCCCCUUACCUCAGCUCCAGUCCCCCUUACCUCAGCUCCAGUCCCCCUUACCCCAGCUCCAGUCCCCCAUACCUCAGCUCCAGUCCCCCUUACCUCAGCUCCAGUCCCCCUUACCUCAGCUCCAGUCCCCUCUGUCCCAGCCUCAGUCCCUUACCCAGAUGCAAUCGCCGUCACCUCAGCUCCACUCCCCUUCCCCCCAACUCAAACUGCAGUCACCCAGUCAGCUUCAGCCCGGCGAGGCCAACGCUCCCCGCAACGUAAAUGUGAAGAGAGAGCCUCCCGGCACUCCUAACAGAGGACUCAGUGAUGGCGGCCCGCUCUCCGGCUGCAGCCUCCAGAGUCAGUCACCUUUUGACUUCUGCAGUCCCCCUACUCCAAGUCAGACGCAGAACCAGGGACAGGGAGACCCCUUCCAGACCCCCAAAGACAGCAGCCUCUUCUCAGAGGCAGAAAUUAUCAACCCAUUCAGUUCAAGCACUGGCCUAUCCAAGAUGGAUGUGGGAGACUCCCAGUUUCAGCCUCUGGCUCUGUCAGACACCUUGUCCUUUGAUGGUCUUGGAACGCCUUUACAAGGUCCCUUGGCAUCACCACAAGAGCAGUGUGUGCCCUGUACGCUGGAUGAAGUGCUGGGCCCUCCGACCACGCCCGAGGGCCGGAACGAUGAGAAAGCUCUGUUAGAGCAGCUCGUCUCCUUCCUCAGUGGGACUGAUGAGAGUGAACUGGCUGAGCUGGAUAAGGCCCUGGGUAUCGACAAACUGGUGCAGGGUGGCUGUUUUGACACUUUGCCCCAAAACUUCCCAACCCAGCAACCCACUGCCACGCCAGGUUCCAUGGACCCUAAACUCCCCACCUACACUUCCCAAUUUACACCAGCUCCACAAGCUCAGUUUCCUCCAGAGCUGGCCACGGUGGUUGGGCCACAGGGUCUGGGGUUCGGAGCCCCCCGAGGGGCAUUCCCCGGCGGGACGACGGGCAUCGGGCUGAGGCCAGGCAUGAUGCGACCGCAGGGGAUCGGCACUCAGCUCAGGCUGCCGCCCAACCAGCUGCGCCUACAGCUGCAGCAGAGGCUGCAGGGACCACAGCAGCUCCAGAACAGGAUGGCGGGCAUGACUCCGUUUCCUGGAGGAGCCCAGCAUGUGAACAUCGGGAUUCGUCAGGGGGUUCAACAACCUCAGAUGCCCUCACAGCAGCCUCCGCUGAACGCCCAGAUGCUGGCCCAGCGUCAGAGGGAACUCUACAGCAUCCAGCACCGCCAGCGCCAGCUUUUCCAGCAGAAGGUCAUAAUGAUGAGACAGAACAUGGCGGGCGCUCCGACUGGAGCCGCCGGGCCCGUCGGAACCGCCAGGAUCCCAAAAGGUCCCCCAACAACACCUCAACCGCAGCAACAGCAACAGCAGUUCAACUUCCCACCAGGGUACAACCAAUUGACGGGAAAAUCCCCUACCUCACCAAAUCGCUUCAGCCCCAUGAGCGGGGGCCCUUUGGACAACAAGCUGCCCGGCAGAGUUCCCCUGAAUAGCCAGACGCUGAUGGGAGCCGUGCAGGGCCAGUUCAGCACCACCGUCAACUCCUCACUGCCGCAGGGCCUGUUUCAGCAGUUCGGAGGGUCCGCUAUCACCCAGCAAGACCCACCUUUCCCUCCUGAGAUGAGCCCGACCAGCCCGUUGUUGUCCCCUCAAAACUCCACCUCCCAGAGUCCUCUGCUUCAGCAAGCCCCACCCCCUGGCUACCAGUCACCAGAAAUGAAGAGCUGGCAACAGACGGGCAUGGCCAGCAACAGCCUGUUCAGUCAGUCAGGACAGGGUGCAGGGCAGGCUUUUGGCCAGCAGGGGGUUUACAACAACAUGAGCAUCACCGUCUCCAUGGCCGGGGGCUCCGGUGGUGUCGGCUCAUUACCUCCCAUGGGGCAGCCGGUUGGCAUGAGCAACAGUAACCUCAGCAACGUCGGCUCAGUGUGCAGCGACCAGCAGGUGCAGCAGGUUCAGGUGUUCGCGGACGUCCAGUGCACAGUGAACCUAGUUGGCAGUGACUCCUACCUGAACCAGGGCGCCAUCGGAGCUACGGCGUCCCAGAAGGGCCCCGGCGGACCGCAGGUCUCCCAGAACAACCAGGCCCAGCAGAAGAGCCUCCUCCAGCAGCUGCUCACCGAGUGACGACCCCACAACCCCCUUCAAGCUCUCCUAUACUCCCUCUACUUCUCACUUCUACGCCUCCUCCACGGAGGUCGGUGCACCAGACCCAUUGCUGUCUCUGUCUCACCUGUUUGGAUGGAUGGAUGGAUGUUUGGACGACCACAUGAGUAGGAUCAGAGAGGUUUGGCUGGUCGGUGGCAGCCUAACCGCUUCUGUGCGGAGUGGAUUCGGGGCUGGUUGUUUUACCGCCCCCGGUACUUUAAAAGAAAAGACUCAAGUCAGAAGGAGCAGCAGUGUAUUUAAACCUGCCUGUCUAAUCUGUCUGACAACCUGUCUGUCUGCCUCAGCCUAUUAAAGGCAGUGUUGUCUUGCUGCUCAUUCCUUGGUGACCUACUUCCUGCUUCCUGACCCAAGAAAACAACUGCGACAUCAUUGUAGAUUUGCCAAGUUGUCGUCACUGUCAAAUCAGGGCCGGCCUCCUUUUUAUUUUUUUCUGAUGGGACGGUUACUGUCAGGCCGUCGUCGCAGCAGCAGUGCAUCUUGGGAGCAUGAGUUGCAGCAUACAGCUGAGCUCAUCAUUUUAAGUGUGGGGGUAUCCCACACAGCAACACCUCUGGCUUUUUAUUUGUUUGUUUUUGUUUUCCUCUACCUGUCUCUCAGCGAUGUGGGAAUGUUAAGGUUUCAGACCUCUGUGGCAUUGUGGGAUAGAAGCUCAGUAUCAGCUGGUUCUGUGACUGUCUCUCUCUAUCAGCUACAGUGCCUGGUGGAAGUUUGAGUUUUUCCCAAGCUCUGCUUCUUCUUCUACAUAUUAUUCUAUUAACGUCUUCUGUUUUAUUAUUAUUUUUUUUUGGUUGAAUUGUUUUUGUUUAAUAUCUUCUGCUCUCACCGUCAUCAUCAUCAUCUUCAUGAUCAUCAGAACAAGCUUUGACAACAGCCAGGAUGGAUUGAUGGAUGGAUGGAUGGAUGGAUGGGAGACAGAUGGGAUGCUGCUCAUUUUGGAACUUACGUGUCUUUCUCCCCCCGGGAGGAGGUUUUAUUUUUAUUUUUUUCAAAGUAUAAAAAAGAGACUGUUAUGAUUAUUUAACUGUCUGUCCGUCACAUUUUACCCCUCACCUCAGCAGCUGUGAAUACAGAGCCCUGUCGGGUUCUCUCUCUCUCUCUCUCUCUUACUCUCUCUCUCUUUCUCUCUGUAUAUCUUUCAUGCUAUCUCUCGGCCUAUCAGUGUUGUUUGCCAUGCGCACCAUGCAGGCGGGUAGUAUUGUACAGUACAGAAGGACAAAGACUUGGGGAUGAGCUCACUCUUCUCUUGUAACUGCUUUUUAAAAAGAAAAAAAAGUGUAAUUACUCAGAACAGCAAAGACUUAUGUAUAAUGUGAUUCGAUCCAGGUUCUUAUUUUUAUUUCUAAAUCCUAAGCUCACGGGAGAUUAUUUUUGGCAUCAUGAUAUUGUAAUGUUGCAGCGGAGGAGGAAGUUAUUCCAUCUUCUGAAAUGUGAAAAUUUUAAAGCAAUUGAUUAUAAAAACAUAGCUAGAAUCUACGCUCCCUUCGGCGUCCCAUUCAGCCACACUAUUUUCCGAAGGAAAAUGCUUUGCUUUCUCUCGUGGUAACCAGGGAGCUAGUUAGCCAUCUUCUCUUGCUUUCUCCUCUUUUUUUAUUCUUAUGUAUGUACAAUACUUUCAAGAAAACGUUUCAGACAGUACAUGUGUUUGUAACCAUUGUAUAAAAGAAAAAGCAUAAUAAUACCUUAAACCGUGUUCUUUGCUGUGAUGACGUGACCCGGUCUGGUGAUGCUAACGGUACUGAACCGCAUCGACGUUCGUCCGCGUAGUCACAGCAAACAAAAACGACGCGCUUUUUGGAUAUUGUUCCUAUAUAAUGACAUUUAAAGUAGAGGCUUUAGUAAUAGAAGUUCCUAACAAAUAUGUGAUGGAUAAUUCAUUUUAAAAAGCUGUCAUGAAAUUGAAUCAAAACAGGAUGGGUUGAGUCGCCAAAAAACGUUUUAUUUUACUCCUGCAAACCUGUUUUAUCAGUGUUCUUUUGUUUUGUUUUGUUUUGUUUUGGGAUUCAACCCUCCUCUCCCUCCACCUUCCCUGAUGAAGACUUCACUCCACUGGCUUAACACACACACACAGUUUUCUGUUGACUACUGUUGCUCAGUCAGACACUGUCUCUCUCAGCAAUAACAGACCUCUGUUGACAAAAAAUGAUGAUGUGCUACUUACACGUUACCUGGAAGUUAGAAAAAGGAAAAAACCCUGCCGAGUAAAUACACGACUAAAUUAAUGCACAUAUGAUCUGGAAGUCAGGCGUAACACACUCUGCCCAAAAGUGCAGGAUGCUAUAAGGACUGAAGUCACACAUCAGGAAUAAUUAAAUUAGGGAACACCCAGUGAUUUGUAACUACCACAACGGUUUUCUUCUGUCAAAUCUGCCACGUCUCUACUCCAGCACAACAUCAGACGUUCCCUGAUUGAACUACUCCUGCGUGAAUCCUUGUUUCUCUUUUUUUAAUCUUCCUUGUGUCGAGACAGUAGUGGAAUCUGUGGAGAGUUUUUUGUUUUUUUGUUUUGCACACAGCGCAGACCUCACAUUCAGAUAUUAGGAUUCAUCACCCCUUCUGUAAAUGCAACUACCUAACUCAUCACUCACAUUAGGUCAACAACAUAACGCUACUUCAGUGGAAUAGGGCUUUCCUGUGUACUGUUUUUAUUUUUUUACAGAGAUACUUCACCGUAUGCAACCGAUAUAGAGGGAUAGUAUGCAAGGUCAACAUUCCACCCACCGACUCCUCCGAUGUUGUAUGAUGUGAGAACCACUUUGUGCUCAGCCGAAACGCUCUGUGUGUGUUUACGUGCAGAUCCGCGCACCGUGUAUAGCCAAACAGAGGCUCAGGAGCAGUCGCCAUCUUUCUUAAUGUAACAAGUCCUAAAUGCAGGAAACUCAAAACAUAUUCUGAUUUACCGAGACUUUCUGAGAUGGGUUUUUAUUUUUUUCUAUUUUUCUGUGUGUAUAUUUAUUAGAAACCAUCAGUAGGGCACCUUUUUAUUACCUCAUUAUUGGUUUAUCAGACAGGAGUUGUGUCUGAUAAUCUUUCCUUUUGACCAUGUUUUCACACUGUGAGCAGCUUGUUUGAUCAGAACAAAUCAUGUACACUUAUGUCUGCUUUGUUGCAUCAUUUUCAACAACGCUAACUCCCAAGCACUUCUUAAGUUAAAAGUAAACAAAGAGAGAAUCAUGUAUUCAAGGGUUUAGGGCUGCAAAUAACGAUUUACAUUAACGAUCAAUCUGUUGAAUCUUUUUUGGACUAAUCGAUGAACUGUUUAGUCUGCAAAAUGUCUGAAAAAAAGAAUAGUAUAUCACGGUUUCCCCAGAGCCCAAAGUGACGUCUUCGCACUCUUUGUUUUGUUUGUCCCAGAAGUCCAAAACCAAAAGAUAUUUAAAUAAAAUUGUAUAAAACACAUUUUCAAAGGGACCCCUUUGAAAAUGGCCAUGACAGUUUUUCCUUGCCAAAAUCUAGCAUAAAUUUGGAGCGUCAUUUAAGCUCCAUCGCGAAAAGCUAGUAUGACUUAGGUUUUCUGCUACGACGUUAAUACCUUUGAAAGCCCUAUUCAAAACAAAAAUCUGUAGAGACUGUGAGGCUUUUGAUUGCCUGCACUUAGAUUUAGGUCCAUUUUGCACUUACAAGGCAGCACUGUUGGAUAAAGAAAGAUAAAGCCCGUCAGUCAGGGAACGAGGAAGCUCAGAAAUUUUCAGUUGAUGACGAGCUUCUUCAGUAACCAAACCUCAUCCAUGUUGAAAGUUUCCUGAUUAGGUUUCUCACAGUGUGAAUUCGCCGGUCAGAUGCUCCUGCGCCACGGUUUGCCCGAUGUAAAAUACUCAGAAGAGACCGAAGCUGCACAAAGUGGAAGAAUGUAUUUUUCUUUUAGAAGGAUUCUGCCAGUUUCAGCCUCCUCUUGUUUAUCUGCUCUGACGAUUUCACACAUACAGUAUUGAUAACCCUCCCUCCCUCCCCUUCCUCCCUUCUUCCCCUUCCUCCCUUCUUCCUUUCACUUUUCUGCGUGGAAUAGGCAUUCCUAUGGAAACGGUUUCCUCUACAAGCCUGUUAACUGCAGAAACAACUGUCAGCUUAUCAAAACAUGCCAAAUACAACCAAUGUAAUCUUUUUUUUAUUAUUAUGGAACAGCCAUUCUAUGGAAAAGUUCCUCCUUCCUCACUACAAUUAACAGGUACAAGGUUAUUUUAUAACAUUGGUUUCAAGAUGUUAACAUAAUGUAUAUAACAGAGAAAUGUGAAUAUGUAUUUGUUCAGAAUCAACAAAAAAGUAGUGCUCCGAGUUUGUGGUAAAAAAAAAACAACAAAACAAACAAAAAAAAGAAAACUACUCGCCUCCGUCAUGUUUUGAUUUUAUGUUUUGAUUUUCUACUUUUUUAUUUUUCUGAUGAUGUAUGUAUGUAUAUGACUAUCAGUGAGUGCGUAUGUAUGUGUGUAAGUGAUUAAUACUGUAUAUCUGGUGUUCUCUAAGAUGGAAAAGUGGAAGAUGUCCUGGUUUGAUUCUUUUCUUCUUUUUACUCUUUAGACCCUGCACAGUACCUGUGGGUGUUUCAGAUAACUAUGCCAGAGAAUGGUUUAGCGACUGCUGAAUGUGAUUUUACUGAGAGAGAAGCAGUAGUGUGGACUGGCUUUUUGUACGGGUUAAUUUAAAAAAAAAAAAAGGCCAUAUUAUUUAAUUUUCUCUGUUGUCAAAAGUUUAAGCAGAUCUGGGAGAGUGGAGCCUUGGUUUUAUGGAGAAGCAUUGCCUGGUUGUUGUUAUAUAUGAGUGGGCUUUUUUAUUUUCUAACUGACUGACUGAUGUAGCCUUUUUUGCAUUUGUCAAUAGUAAAUGACCAAAGCUUCAAGAUGUUUGAUGGAUAUCAUAUGCAAACCUCAUCAUCACUGGACAAGACAUAAUGUAGCGGCCCCUUUUUUUUCGUUAAUUUGGAUCCCUCACACAGCGACAUUCUGCUGCUGUGUGUUUCGCAUGCUCGUCUUUCCUCGCUCGUUACUUUCUAGACACGAUCUGUCCUUUUUUAAAGUGGCCUGAAGUCACUUUGGAGGCGUCUCCACUUUGCCAAUGAGGUCUUUUUUGUGCCUGAAGUGCUAUCACUCGUUUACAGGAAGUCAAGAAAACAUUGCAACCGAUAGCUAUGCACCUUACUGAAACAAGCAUUUCCUAACUUGGGUAUGUAGAAUUAACACUGGAGCAAAAUCAUUAAUUUCAUAGGCAGAGUAUUUAUAGUUACUUCACACAAAACGAUAAAAAGCCCCUUCAGUUAGUCUAGUGAGUUUAGUUGAUAUCUGAUGACCUCUCUCAGCUUUUAAUCUCAUUCUUGGAAAAAGAUUAUUGUUUUUUUUUUCCAUUAACUGAAUACUUUAUACCAAACUUAAGGUGCCUCGUGUAUAUAUUUUCUGCAGUAAAGAUUGCUCCUUUGCUGUUUAACAAUAAUAACCUUGUUAACCAGGGUUUUUUUAAACCUUUUUUCACCUUUAUAAAAAAUAUAAAAAAAAGUUUACUGUAUUUUAAAUGACUUUUUUACACACAUAGAUUAAUCAAAUUAUUCCAGGAAUUUGCAAAUACAAUCUAAUUUUGCACUUUAUAUCAGAUUUACUUGGAGUGAAAAGGCCAUCAGAAACUGUCUCAAUCAGAUGAGUAUUGUAUUUGGAGAUAGAAUAAGUCCCCUGAAUGUACCAAGAUAAUUAAUGAAUAGCUCAGGUUCUUCAUGAAGAACUUGACUGUAGUGGAUACCCAUUAUCCAAACGACGACUAAAAAUUGUACACACCUUCUACCUUCUUCGUAAUGUCUCUCUGUCUCUUUCUGUCUUUAUCUGUCUACACCAACCGAUCCUCAGUAUAAAUACUAUGCCAAUCUUCUUCAGGUGACGCCCCCUCUCCUCCUCUUCCUCUCUGCGCUGUCUGCUGACACCUGGCGAACUGUUAAAAAAAACCUCCAGCUUAAACUCUCAGAACAUUCCUGCUCACGACACAGUUUCAGCAACCGUCAACACUUAGCUCUGUAGCUGCCGCUGCCGCCGCCGUCGCCGCUCGGCAUUCACUUUCACGCAGCUUUGAACGUGUUUUUCCCUUAAACCAAGGUGGACACUCGCUUCUAUUCGUAAAAGUCUGGUUGUGUGAUACUUAACUUCUGCUAUCUAGCAACAAUUGUGCACUGACAUAAAAUGACAACACACCAGCUGUGUUGUUUGUCUUCUCUGUUUUGCUUGUCUUGUCACUACUUCUGUGCUACCUAAUGUGGAAUAUGUUGUGAUGUGCUGAUGAUACCAGGACUGGUGUAGGAUCGGGCCGAUGGCUCGUGCAGGAUGGGGUCGGGCCAAUGCCUGGUGUAGGAUCGGGUUGGGCCGAUGCCUGGUGCAGGAUUGGGCCGAUGACUAGUGCAGUAUCGGGCCCGAUGACUAGUGCAGGAUCGGGUUGGGCCGAUGACUAGUGCAGGAUCGGGUUGGGCCGAUGCCUUUUGCAGUAUCGUGUUGGGCUGAUGCCUGGUGCAAGAUUGCGAUGGGCCGAUACCUGUUCCAGGAUUGGGUCGGACCUAUGCCUGGUGCAGGAUAGGGUGGGGCCGAUGCUUGGUCCAGGAUUGGGUCGGGCCGAUGCCCGGUGCACGAUCGUUUUGGGCCGAUGCUGAUUUGGCUGAUGUAGGUAAUCAUGUUUGGUGUCAUGGAAAUUCCUAGCAAAAAAAAAAAGAAAUUUGAGGCAUGAAAUAUAUUCCAUGAAUGAAAGGAGGAUACAGUUUUAAUCAGCUUUUGUCUUUUUUUUUCUGAAGCGUAGUCAAAAAUAUGAAGCAUUCUCGCUCGUCAUUGGUCCAAACUUGGUAUUUGUGCACCGCUGAGACUCUCCAUAGUCCUUUUAAAUCUCCCACUCAUUCCUAAUGCAGGUGUUCAAAUCCAAUCUCUCCUCUAUGUGAACAGCAUCAGUAAAGUAUUGUUAAGUGCUGCCGUAUUGGGACUGAGGUUGGAUAUGGUUCAGAGACUUUACAAGAAGGCUUGUUAAAUAACUCACCACUUUGUGUUGUGUUUUUGGGGGGCGGUGAUGCUUUCUCUGGAGAAUUUGAGAAAAAAAUGACCAAGGUUCCACUUUCUCCCUUGUACAAAUUAAUAUAAAUAAAUAUAUAUAUAAAUAUAUAUUAUACAUUUUACUCAUUUUUGUCCAGUUUUGUAUAUUACACUCAUGUAAAGUUUGUUUUUAAAAGAGGCAUCGGAGCAGCUAUUACAAGACAAUAUGAGUGACAAUGUUCAUCUGGGAGAAUUUUAUGCAUGUUAUAUUUUCUCUUUUUCUCUCUCUCUCUGUCUCUUUUAA